UUCAUCUAUGGGAUUCGGACUAUUCUAUCCGGAUCGGAAAGCACUGCCUAAAUAGGAAAGAAGCCUCUCUUUAAAAUUAUCAGAUCAAAAAAAAAAAAAAAUAAAAAAGAAAAUUCAUCACUCAAAAAAUUAUGACAGCCAUUUGAAUUAUUGGCAAUAAUUCCACAACAUUUUAAAAGAUUAUUUAUUUUAGAUAUAUAUCUAGGAGUCAGUUCCUAAACGGUCAGUUUAAUCAAACUAGAAUCUGUUUUUCAAGUCGUGAUAGAUAGUUUUAGUGGCCAGAUUGUUCAAAUUUGGGUUGAAGAAGUGUGGAGAACUAUAAUGACGACACAUAUUUUCAACAGUCUAGAUCAAAUUCAAGGUCCUGGAAACGGUCAGGGUCAAGAACAUGUUCCAGAUCCAUCUAAGCCAAGUUCAAACUUCUUAGUUGAUUUUUGGCUUCUGUUCCAUUAUCCAAAGGGGAAAUCAAGAGAAUAUGAACAUUUACGUCAAGAGACCACCAAUAAAUAUGGUUUAAUCACAACUGGAAUCUUAAUCAUAUUUGUAUUAUUGAUCCCGAUCAAUAGGUAUGCUAUAAAGCAUGGAUAUAACCCAGGCCAAUUCAGAUUCCUUCGAUCUAUCAAUCUGAAAUUGAAUGGUGCUAUUCAAUCUUCAAAUUUUUUAAAAUCAUAUAUAUCAUUGAAAGUAAAGUUAGCUUUAGUUUAUUUAAUCUAUCAUAUUUCAACUAUCAUUCAAAUCAUAUUUUGGUUGACUGUCUUAUCAUCAUUAUCAUUAGUUGAUAUCUAUCAUGGAGAUCUUAUAUUCUUAGCUAAGAGAUUAGGUAGAAUAUGUACGGUUUGUUUACCCACUGUAUUAUUUCUUAGUUUAAGACCAUCACCCUUACCUAAUACCCUUUAUUUAACUUUAUUACCCAUUCAUAAAUGGUUAUCUCGUAUCAUUAUCAUCCAAGCUAUUAUUCAUACUUUCCUUUAUCUUGGAUACUUUCAAUAUAAAAAUACAUGGUUUAAAUUAUAUAAAUAUGAAAAUUUAUAUGGUUGGGCUGCCAUAUUGGGGUUUAUAAUCAUCAUAAUUACAUCAGUUUCAAAAUUAAGAAACAAAUAUUAUAAAUUAUUCUAUAUUAAUCAUUAUAUUUGGUCAUGGGUUAUUGUCAUAUGUUUACAAUUUCAUGUUAGACCAUAUAAAAUCACUAAUUAUACGAUUGCCAACAUAGCGAUAUUGCUGUAUCAAAUUUAUUAUCGUCUCACUUUAACGACCAAGUUAGAUUCAUUAAGAGUAGUUGACGUGUCACCUAACUUGUCAUUAGUUGAAUUCCCUAGACAAUGUCUUAGGAAUUUACCUACCAAACCUGGUUCUCAUUUAAGAUUAACUAAUUAUCAUCCAAAUUUCAUAGUAAGAGCUUAUAAACAAUUAAUCCCUAAUUAUCAUCCUUAUACUUUAGUUUCAUUACCUCAAGAUUCAACCCAAAAAUUAAUCAUCAGACAAAGUAAUUUCAAAUUACUUAAUAAUAAAUCAUACCUCAUUACAGGAAGUUAUGAUCCUCAUUUAUUAUUUGUAAAUUCAAAACAAACAUCAAAUGAAACAUUCUCCAUCUCAAAAUUAACCAUCAAUGCUAAGAGGAUCCUAAUCAUUAUUGGUGGUUCAGCCAUUUCAUUUGCAUUACCGAUUUUAAGAGUGAUGAAUUAUCAUGGUAUACCAUGUAAAAUCAUUUGGGUUAUUAAAGAUUUUAGAGAUAUUACAAUUUUAAAAUUUUUUGAUGGAUUUAUUCAUGGUGAUGAUUUUGAAAUCUUUAUAACAGGGAAAAAUUAUGAUGAUGCUAAUAUUAAUAGUACGAAAUAUUUAAGGAAUAGAAUGAGUUAUGGAUCUAUAUUAAGUAAAAGUACCAUUACAAAUCAUACACUUCCACCUGAUCUUGAAUUAGGUGAACAAUCAUUAUUAAUACCUGAUAGUUCAAAUGAUCUUUUUGAUGAACAAGAAGUCGACGAAGAGUAUUUGAAUUUCGAAGAUGAUAAACAUAAUACUUUAAAUUAUGAGAAUGAGAAUGAAAAUGUUGAGAUUUCAGUUGGAAAUGAAGAAUCUGAUGAUGAUGCAAGUGAUAGUCCCUGUGAAAUUGAGGAUUAUUCAUAUAGAAGUUUCACUCAAUCUGCCAUAGCUGAUGACGAUCAUGAAGAUGAUAAUGAUGAUGAUGAUGAGGAGGAGGAGGACUACGAUGAUGGACUUCUACAUCCUAAUAGUCAAUUUGAAGUUCACAAUUAUGAACAAGAAGUUACAUAUGAUCAAAGUCAACAAUCAAUUAAAAUCAAACAUAUAACAUCACCAACUCAUUCUCGUAAAUCAAGUAUCAAUGAACCAUUCAUUCUUAAUACCACAUCAACGUCAAACUCUGCUUUAAAACAAUUCAGAGAAACCAUCAGACGACUUAAUAUUGAAAAUAAAAUAUUCAAGGGCAGGCCUAAAUUGAAUUAUAAAUAUUAUAAUUGGUGUAUUAAUGAAGGAUUCACUCAAUGUAUUGGACCUCAACAUGAUCAUAAUAAUAAUAUAGUGUGUUGUCGUGAUUUACCCCAAAAUAAAGUAAAACAAGAAGAUAUCAAUGCUGAGAAUAUUUGGGUUAUAUCUGCUGGUCCUAAACCAUUAGUUGAAAAUGUUAAAUUAUGGGCUAAUGAAAAUGGGUUGAAAUUUCAUGAAGAAGCUUUCUAUUCUUAGGUUAUAUAUAUAUGUUUAUGACAAA